ACCCACCGUUCCAUUUCCGCCACCAGUUACCGCCUUCCCAUCUCUCAUCACCUUCACCAAGUAUUCUUUAGCUCUCUUCCCGAUUACCUUCAUAUCAUCGAGACGGUCGCAUUUCUUAUACACUACUCCGACCAUGUCUGACAACGUCGGUCUUUCUACACCACGAGGUAGCGGAACCUCCGGCUACGUCCAACGCAAUCUGGCAUACCUUAGACCGCGCGACCGAGCAGCGCCCUACAACACCAAAGAUUUCGAUAGCUUGAAACAUCGACAGCGACAACCGGACAAGGAGAUUUUGGAGCACGAUCGCAAGCGUGAGGUAGAAGUAAAGGUCUUUGAGUUACGCGAUCAGCUUGAAGAUGAGGGUGUUGACGAAGACGAAAUUGACAAGCGCUGCGAUGCCCUACGGAAAGAACUACAAGCGAAGAUGAACAAAGGCGGUAAAGACGUGAUGCCAAGAAAGCCGCUUAAGUCUCACCAAGUCCAUGAAUUGGCGGACGCCAAAAUCAAGGAGAGCGAACGAUUGCGGAAUGCACUGAAAAUAAGCAAGGACUAUGAAGAAGGCAGCCAUUGGAAGAGACAAGAGGAUAGAUUAAGAAAGGCCUUGGAGAGAGAAUCUUCCGAGCAAAAGGAUAGAGACUAAACAGCUUUCGGCAUGGAUUUAGGAAUUAUUCAGUUAUUCAUUGGGUUGCGCAUGGCGUUUCGGAUGGUUCAUUUUUGGUUGAUGACUUAGGGGUAGUUACGAUACUCGCGAAUUCAAUAUUCCCCUGAUACUCAUAUAACUCGCAUU